AUGCUGUUACCUCACCCCGCCGGUACGAGCCUCCCCACAUCGACUACCGAGUCCUCCUACUUUCCGCUUGCACCGUCUAAUACCCAACCGCACCACGAGUCGCAGCAUGAAUCCCCGUUAGACUCCCAUUCGCAAGCAUUCCCUUCCCUGUUGGAAUCCGCUGCGCACGCCUUAUCCGCUAAGAACGCCGACGCGGAUCUUGCGAACCCCGCGGGGAUAUUUCCGCAGCUCGAUCUAGCCGUCAGUAGAGGCCUCGCGCUACUUACAGGCGAGGACGAGGGGUUAGAGGUAGGAGAAACGGCCGGGCUCGGCCCGAAGAGAAAGGAGCAGCCGCCAACCGCGGCGGAUUCCGAGUGCCCUAAUUUCAGAGCGGGUAGGGUGCCUUGCCAGUGCACGCAGGCCGACGCGCAGCUCGCCGUGAAGCGCCAGCGGUUCCACGGCCGCGGAGGGGCGUUCCCAGGCGCGCGCGCGUCGUCGGGGCGCAAGGGGGAUAAGGGCGCGCGGAAACGCGGAGCAGACGUGGAAGCGGCGGGGUCGCAGGCGACCGGGGGGUCGGGUAACCUUCGAUGCCAAGUGGACGGCUGUGAUGUGAUGCUGUCGACCCUGCGCGAGUAUCAUCAACGGCAUCGGGUGUGCGAGGCGCAUGCCAAGGCGGGAUCGGUGGUCCACGAGGCCAUUGUUCAGCGCUACUGCCAGCAAUGCGGCCGGUACGUUUCCCCGCCUCUACCUGCCCCCCCGCCCAUUCCACCUCCCCUCUCGCCGCCCAUUUUCGAUUCUCCUGUCUGCUUUCGCCACCGUGGCUUCAUUCCUAUCGCCACCGUCUCCCGCAGAUUCCAUCCUAUCGGCGAUUUCGACGAGGCUCGUCGCAGCUGCCGUCGCAAGCUGCAGCGACACAACAACCUGCGAAAGCACAAGGCGCUCAAGCCGCCCACCCCCGCCGCUUUCCCCCUCCCGCCGUCCCCGCCCAACACGACCGCGGACGAGGGCGCGUCGCCGGAGAAAAGCAGCAGUGGCGGAAGCGGAUGCGACGGCGUUGGCGGAGAAACCGGCGCGGCGUCGGGGGAGGCGGAGACUAAGCGGAACGUUGUUGCAGGGGCAUUAAGAGAGCGGGCGAGCGACGGGAUUGCCCUUGGCGGAGGAGGGGGAGGAAACUCGAGGGGGAUGGGGGUUCGGGAGGCGGGGGAAGAGGUGAAGCAGAAGCUGUCUUUGGUGGCGGACGGCGCGGUUUCGCCGCAUGGCGCUCGUAACGCGGACGUGUCCGCGUCUGCUUCUAUGCAUAGCGACUCUGGGGACAGCAAUGGCACCGGGGGCGCGAGGGGUGCGCUGGGGCAGGCCCGAGGGAAGGGGGACGGCGGAGCGCAGGAGGGGGGAGGAAUGGGGCAACGGCAUCAGGUGGAAGGCGAGUGGCGUAGCGGAGGAAGCGGUGGUGCUGCCGGACGCUUGUGUCACUCCCUCCCUUCUGUCGCUCCCUCUCCUGCUGCUGCUGACCCACCUGGUGCUGUUGCUACUGCGGCUGUUACUACGCGCACGGCUCCUGCCAACACACCACUGGCUCGUUUCGCACCGCCUCCUCCUUCCCCCGCGACUCCCCCCCUCGCUGGACCUCUUUCCUUCACACCCGUUCCCCCCUUCCCCGAUCCUCCCCCUCAAUCCACCCUCGACCCUGUGUGCCCCGCCCGCACACCUACGCCUGCGCCCCCUUCCGCCUUGCGCCAAACCUCCGCAGUUUCCCCCACACGUGCGCCCACGCCCCUGCUGUCGCUCCCAGUUCUGCGGGACCGUGCGGGGGCUCGCCGCGCUGAUGCUCCGGGUAAUACUGCUCCUGCUGCUGCUCCUCCUCCUCUCCCUCCUGCUGCCUCCGCCGCUGCUGCUGCUGUAGCUGUUGCCGGUGUUGGUGCUGGCAGCGACGUAAACGGUGCUUGUGGCAACGCGUCGUCCCUCGCGCCAAGUGCCGUCGCUCUGCACUUGCAGAACUCAUCACCGCCUCGCGUGGCCAGCGGUGUCGGCGGAUGUGAAGGAGGAGGCGGAGCAGGAGGAGGAACAGGAGAACGAGAAGGAAGGGAAGCAGCUAUUGCAGAGCAGGCAAAGCAGGCAGAGGGUGCUGUAAGUGCUGUGGCCGCUGUGACAAGACCAGGGAAGCGACCGGCCAGCACGCGCAUACCAGCAACAGCGGCUGUGCCAGCGGCAGAAGCAGGAGGGGUGCCUGUGAACGGCGCGGCGACAAACAGCAGGCAGCGGGCGCGCGGAGCGGAGGGGGAGAGGGAGUGCGGGGGAGACGGGGAGGGUGAGGGGUCGACGGGCGUGGUGGUGGGACAAGAAGCCGCAGGCGGAAGCUGCGCGGGUAGCGCGCGGGAGAGGGCUGCGGGGAAGCCGCGGAAGGAGGGGAGGGGUUCGGUGGCGGGGGGGAAAGAACACGGGGAAGUUGGAAAGGAAGGUUGCGCGGGGAUGGGGAGUGGGCCGAUGCAGGGGGUGCACCAUCAGCAGCAGCAGCAGCAGCAGCAGCAGCAGGAGGCCGUCCCGUGUGCAGGGGCAGCAGGCGGCAGUGCAGUGCAGGGCACGAGUGAGUCGAACACAGGGAAGGAGGUCCAGUCAUCCGUUGUGAAGGGCGCGGGCGGAUUCACUGCCGACGAGAUGCUAUCUGGUGCAGGCGAUAUGAGCAUAAGCGCCCAAUCCGGCUCUCCUGCCCCUGCUCCUCCUACUGCCGCUGCUCCAUCUUCUCCCGCUGCUCCUCCUGCCUCUGUUGCUCCUUCUGCUCCUCCUACCGCUGCUGCGUGCGCUGCUCCCACGGCUGCGCCUGCAGGCUGCUGCAAGUCCGCACGUGACCGCUCUGCUCCCCUCCCCAUGCCCCUGCGCGCCUCCCCCUCCGUCUCUCCGCUCUCCUCUGAUGGGGACGCUGUGGGGAGGACGAAAGAGGGGAGGAGCGCGGAUGAGGCGUCGGGGGAGGAGAGUGAGGGGCGGAAAGAGGGGAGGUCGGAGGGAGGGCAGAGUCCCGGCGAGGAUGGGCGGUUGGCUUCAUGGAUGGAAGCCUGCUUGACUUGCGCAGAUGGCAGUGGGCGGAGUGCGGUUGAGAGGAAUCUGAAAGUGCUGGGAGGGGUGGUGGCGCACGGAUGCUGCUGUAAUGGGAAAGGUGGUGGUGAGGGGAAGAAGGUGGAGGAGGGAGGGAGCGGAAAAGAAGUGGGAGUGGAUGGCGUGAGGAGAGGUGGCAGAGAUAGCAGAUGUCAUGAGGGGGAGCCUUCCGAGCUGAUGCCACAGCAGCCGCAGCCGCAACAACAGAAGCAGCAGCGGCAGCAGGUACAGGUGCGAGGGCAGGGGAUGGAGAAGCAGGAGGAGUUGCAGAGUGGAGGGGAGGCGAAGGAAGGAUCAGUGCAGGGCGAGCAGAGGGAGGGGGUGGUGCAGCGCGAGGAGCGGCCGGGAGGAGUGAGAGCAGGGGAGGAGCAGCGCACGGGACGCAUCUCUCUGAAGCUCUACGACUGGAACCCAGGGGACUUCCCCCGCCACAUUCGCCACCAGAUUCUGGAAUGGCUAUCGAGCAUGCCAUCGGACUUGGAGGGGUACAUUCGCCCGGGCUGCACGCACCUCACUCUCUUCGCUCGCCUGCCUGACCAUGCGUGGACUCAGAUGGAGAAGCACCCUUCCCCAUUCCUCCACACACUGCUCCACCCCUCUCAACCACUCUCGCCCCACUUCUCGUGUUCCUCCUCCCCUUCGCCUCCCUCCCCCCUCGCGCCGCCCUCGCCUACUUGGUGGUCGGUGGGGUGCAUGGCAGUGCAGCUAGGGUCGCACACCGUGCAGCAGCGCCUGCUGGUGGACCAUGGAGUCAUCCGUGCCACCACACAGCUUUACCCCUCACCAUCCGCCCCUCUCCUCCAUCGCCCGCGGGGUCUCUUGGCACUUCCACUCUCCCCCGCGCCCUCCUGUUUGGUCCUGCGAGCGUCAAACCUGCCUGCUGCAGCAAGGUUGCUCUGCUCUCUCGCCGGACGUUACCUUGUUAACGCUGCCACCGACUCGCACACACAUGCAACACAAGCGCACCAUGGGGCCAUGCUUAGCCAUGCAGAUGAGAGGGGGAAGAUCCUGGACAAGGGACAGCUGGCGGGAGAGGAGGAGGAGGAGGAGGAGGAGGAGGAGGAGGAGGAGGAGGAGGAGGAGGAGGAGGAGGAGGAGGAGGAGGAGGAGGAGGAGGAGGAGGAGGAGGAAGCGGAAGAGGAGGAGGAGGAGGAGGGAGCAGAGGAGAUUUCUUUGGUAGUUCCUCCUCUGAGCACGUGGGGCACGCUUCGUGUUGAGGUGGAAACGUCAGCUGGGUUGUCUCAGCCGCUGCCCCUGCUCGUGGCCCCUGCACCCAUCUGCACCGAACUGCACUCCCUUCUCUCGCCCUCCGCCUCGCCACCCUCCCUCCUCGGCCUUCUUCCCCAUGCAUCCCCUCCCUCGUCCACCCCUUCACAUGGAGCAGCAGCAGCAGCGGCAGCAGCAGCAGCAGUGUUCACUGACAUGUCUCGGCUUGCAGAGAUGCUCACAUGGGGUGGUGUGUGUCGCUGCCACGACUGUAAAUGCGGUCUUGGCUCAUGUACUACUGAUGUAACUGCCACCCCUGCUGCUGGCCCUGCUGCCGCCCCUGCCGCUUCUGCUGCUGACUCUGAGUUGCUUGUAGGAAGAAAUAGAGUGCCUUGUGGUGGGAGCAGGCAUGUGGGCAGUGCAAGGGAGAGCAGCCAUGCAGGGGAGGGGAAUGUGGAGGAAGGUGAUGAGGUGAUGAGGGAUGGGGCCAGUGAGAUGGAUACGGGGGAGCAGCAGGAGCAGGAGCAGCAGCGGGAGGAGGAGGAUCAGGAGCAGCAAAGGCAGGAGCAGGAGGAGGAGGCGGUGGUGAGUGAGUGGGUGGAGGACAUGGGAUGGGUGCUACGCAAGCUCACCCUGCCCUUGCAUCAAGCAUCCGCGGCCGUGAUGAAUGUGCAGCAUGAGGUGACUCGCAUGCACCGCCUGCUCUCCCAUGCGGUCACCCAAGGGCUGCUCGCAACGUCCUCUGCUCUGCUGCACUGGACUGCCCGCCUCGCCAUCAUUGCUGCUGCUGCCCAUGCCACUUCGCCGCCCUCCUCUGUGCCCCCUCCUGCUGCUGCUAAUGUCGCCGCCACAGCUUCCGGUGCUGGUGCUACCGCUGGUGCUGCUGGUGCUACAGUGGCUGCUGCUCGUGCGAGCAGGGAGGCAAUGGAGGGCGUUGUGAGGGCGGUGGGGUGGGAGGAAGCGAGUGGGUGGUCUCUGCUGCACGUGGCAGUGGCGCAGGGGAAUGAACCGCUGGUGGCCCUGCUGCUGAGGUUUGGCCGGGGAGACAUGGGCCGCCGCGGAGAGCACAGAACGACCAGCAGCACUGUUGAAGGCAUUGAGAGCAGCACUAGCGGUUCUGGAGGCUCAUUAUUCGCAGUUGGCGUGGAGCAAAUGCUGCUGCGUGUAACGUCCGACCCAACAGCAGCAGCAUCACAUGCACCACCGCCGCUCCACCACCGACCUUCCUCCACCUACUCCUCCUCCUCAUCCGUCCAGCCAUGCUCUAUCGCAACGAAUCCCCCCUGGUGGUCGCCAGUGGCAGCAGGGCCGGGAGGGGUGACGGCCCUGCACGUGGCUGCACGCCUGGCGGCUCUGCCCCCGGCCAACUCGUGUGGGUGCGGGCAGCUGAGGCUCACUGACGCACAGAGGGCUGCGGCAACAAGGAUUGCUGCCCUGCUGCAGGCGUACCUUCACCCCCAUGAG